CUCUAUAUUGGGACAGUACUCCGAAUUGCAUCGUGGAUUUGGUGGCCAGCGGAAAACUCAUUUUCCGCGAAAAAAAUUGCGGCAAACGAGCAGAAGUCAUCAUAGGGAUCGCAAAAACUUAAAUAACCACUCCUUCCCCUCUAGCGAAGCGACCUUGGCAUCGGCGGCGGUUCCCGUACAAUCGCUCCGGCUUGGCCAAGCUCUGCAGCACCAGGGUUGGCUGCUUGCACAUCGGGCCAUGGAGGGAUGAGCCCCCGCCUCUUCGGCAGCUCCAUGCCCACCGAGGCACAAGUGUGGAGCUGGAAUGUGCAAGUGCUAAAUGGGUGUAAAUCGGAAGAAUGGACUAAUUCAUCCAGCCGUGUACUGCGGGUUCUUGGGAGUGUGGGUGAUCCUGAUCACAGGGAGCUGAACCGCCUUGCUGCCUGGCCUGCAACCAGGGCGUUAAGCACUCAAUGGUCCGACUGUGUGUCAACUGAAUUGGUCACAUUGGCUUCUUCCACAAAUUGUACAGGACACGGGAACACAAAAUAUGACAACGGUGGGUCAAAGGCUCAAAGCUGAGCUUGGUUGGGCCUACAAGCACAUAGGUCCUGACAUGGGCUCGCCAAUUAAUACAAGCUGUGGACUGUCCCGAAAGGAGGACGACAUGGACUGCGUAGGUGGCAGUCCUUUUUGUGGAGCAGUUAAGUAAUGUGACCAGACACCCCUGGAAUCUCUUUCCCAGUACUUCUUCACUUGAUGAAUUUGCAUCAGUCUCCUGCACGUUCGAGAACAAAAAAAUGAAUUUGUAUCAGUUUCUUUCUUUCUAAGGAAACACCAUGGCUUGCUAGUAGGGGACCUGCAAGAGGAGCAAUUAUAUUACUGGAAGCCUUGUGUAUUUGCAGACUGCAACUGUCAAUAAUGUACGAAGUUGGAAACAUAGGAGUAAUAUAAAAAAAUAAAAAUUAAAAGGUAAUCUUAA